AAAACAUGACCAAUGGGGAUUUCCAUUUAAAUCAUUUUUAUUUCUCGGUCUAUGUUCAGGCUAAUCUGUCUCUGGGAAACUGGCCCAUAGUGUUAUUAGUUAGAUUGGACAGUAGAUAGCAGUAAUCCCAUCUCUAUGACCACACUGCGUAAUGUACACGAUCUAUUCUAUGCGUUACAGUACAAUGUAUUUCAGUUACUCACGUAGCCUACAUCUGGGCGGAGGGAGCUAGAAAGUUCGCAUUAUUGAAUUGUGAUGUUCGGAUUUUUGCGUCAUUCGUUGUAAAAAAAAACGACCAGCUGAUCGAACAACUUCUACUAGUAUGAUAUCGCGGAUACUCCAUAGAGGUGAUUUUCUCAACCUGGGGACGAACUUGAUGCUGUGUUUUCUCUGUGGGAUGACAUCGGGAGAUCCUACAACAGGAAGUGCAUUUGGCUUGAUGACAAAAUAUCCUUUGAUUGAUGGACAUAAUGACCUAGCUUUGAUGCUGAGGAUUCUCCACGACAACAGACUGAGUCAGGUUGACCUGCACAACAUCAGCAAAGUGGCCACGGACAUCAACAGACUCACAACGGGACAUGUCGGCGCUCAGGUGUUUGCAGCCUACGUGUUGUGUGGCGCCCAGGCGAAGGAUGCUGUGAGGCUCACACUGGAACAGAUAGACGUGAUCAACCGUAUGUGUACAGAGAACCCGGAACUGGAGCUAGUUACAUCUGCCAAAGAACUAAAUGACACUAAGAGGAUAGCGUGUCUGAUCAGCAUUGAGGGAGGUCAUUCAAUAGACAGCAGCCUGCCAACCCUGCGUAUGUUUUACCAGCUGGGGGUUCGCUCCAUGGCCCUCACACACACCUGCAACACACCUUGGGCUGAGUCCUCCUCAACAAUUUAUGAUGUCUAUCAAAGAGAAAAUGACAGCCUAACAGACUUCGGUAAGGAUGUGGUGAAGGAGAUGAACAGAUUGGGGAUGAUAGUAGACCUGUCCCAUAGUUCCUCGGCCACAGCCAGGGCAGUACUGCAGAUCUCUAAGGCUCCAGUUAUUUUCAGCCACUCCUCAGCCCAUGCCAUUUGUAACCACAGUCGCAAUGUUCCUGAUGACCUGCUCCGCGAACUGAAGGAGAACGGAGGACUCAUCAUGGUUAAUCUGCACAGUGGGUUUGUGGCUUGCCAUGGCCAAGCCAAUGUCUCCAUCGUGGCUGACCAUUUUACCCACAUUAGGAAGGUGGUUGGAUCUGAGUCAAUAGGAAUAGGAGGGGACUUUGAUGGAGCUUCUAAGUUUCCUCUUGGAUUAGAGGAUGUGUCCAAGUAUCCCGCUCUGAUCCAGGAGCUGCUGAAGAGACACUGGACAGAGAACGAGUUGUCCGGGGUCCUCAGACACAACUUCUUACGUGUGUUCAAGGAGGUCGAGAAAGAGCGUGACAGGCAGAAAGCGAAAGGAACUCUACCCAGUGAAGCUCAGAUUGACUUGGCUGAGGUUCAGAACCCCUGCAGACUGGUACUCAGGCGACCUGACCACCAGACGACAAAGAUGGAACAGAUGUACUCCAAGGGCCACAGUGAACUGGUGGUCCCCAGGAGUCUGGUCUGGACCAUGGUUAUUCUAAUCUCCUGCCUCUGUGUCCUGAUGGACCAUUAAGACUAUAAUAUGGCCUCGAUUCAAUCAGAUCCAGCAGUAACCCGCGUUGACCGAUAUCCCCAAGAAUGUUUUGGCAGUAUUAGAGGUGUAGCUGUAGUGUGAGCUGACAAAUAAGUGUGUGGCUGCUCUUUUGUGUCACCAACCACUCCCUUCCUUAUUAUCCCUAUGCAUUAGAUGUUCAAAACGACAAAAGAAAGUGCAGGCUCUAUCGACAAUAGAUGUUAUGAAAUGCAUGUUUUCAUUUUCAUUUGGAUGGGGGGGAUUUAUCAGUCUAUGUAGACAAUAGACCAUUACGCGUUAGAGUGUUUGUACUUGUAAUGUGGCUACAUUAACUUCUAACUCGGCUGCAUGGGAUUUGUCAGAUAUAAAGUCUGUGUGGUUUCAUUUCAUCCAAUGACAGUGUCCGUGAUAAUGUAACAUAAGGAGCAGUUCUAACACAGUUCCACCUUCGACACUGCCAAAACAACCGGAUGUCGGCUAGCACGGAUCUGAGUCCCGGCACCUCAAAUUCUCUACUGCUUGAGCUCGUUUUACUCUUAUAGAAUAUUAGCUCAAAAGUAUAGUGGAGCUCCUGCACCUAAAUAUAAACAGUACUUGCACCCAAAAUGAGUACCGGAACCUAUUUAGUAGUAUUACUAGUGUUGUAUUACAAUACACUAUCCACUACAAACAUGUUUCUCCGACAGUGACAAGCCUAGCUUUAACGUGUUUACUGUGUCACUUGCUUACAUGUGAUCUUCCCUACAAAGAACUUUACCUAAUUUUUAGUUUUGGUCAUUCUGAUCUUGAAGGAGUUGUAUAUUUACACAAUGCUCUGCACGCACUUUAUACUAUAUUACAUUGAAUUUCAUGUAACAAUCACUUUUAACAUAUCUCAUUCUAAAAAUAUCUCUGUGUUAUGUUUGUUUAAUGAUACAAUCAAGGCCACAAGGUCAUACUGAGGCAUUUAUAAACUAUCUGUAUUUCUCUGAGGACACAGACCUUGAUGUCCAUCACACAAACCUGAGUUUCACAAUGAAACUCUUUCAUAGAAAGACCAUUUCAUCUUAAAAUUAACAUUCAUGUAACAUUUCCUCACAAGGGUGUGCAGUGAAACAGUAUGUAACAUGUUAAUAUACUGUAAUGCCUCCUACAAUCAUCUCAGGAAUGUUGUAUUCUGUAUUCAUAGGUUAUAUCGUAUUUAUUUUGCCUUUCUCUUAAGUAAAUAAUGCUUUGAGUUUUCUGUUUUUA